AUGAUGUUGGUUCGGCCCCCAUGUCGCCGACUGGCCCCGGAGUCUCCCCUAAAAGGACAGAUUCCAAGCGAGACAACUCCGGGGUUGAUGGCGUUGAUCCCAGAUAAAUUUGGUUCAUCAUCAUCAAACAAACGCUUCAAAUACAAAAAUCUUUAUGACCUGGUUAUUACACGAAAAAUACCGGAAAUACAGUUAGGAGGGGAGGCACCAAUCACACAUGUACAAAAAACCCAUACACAAAAAAAAUGGGAAAAACACGUGCUCCUAGUUGUCGAAGAGAUCCCUAGCUUAACCUAGCCUGGAUUGUGACUACCUUUCAAAAAGAUUCCUAGUCCUGAUAUCCUGAGUGCUAAUUAGCUAACGACUAGAACUAACCCUGGGGGCGCCUUCCAUCUAAGAAAGAAAUUGUCCCCGGCCAACAUGGGUAAAUUCCAAUGAAAACUAAAUCCAAAAUCUCAAUCCAAAAAAACAGAUGAGUAAACCCUAGUGUUCAAAUUGAACGAAAACGAGAUCCUGUGGAAUAACAAGGGAGAGCGGGAAACCAAGGGAGCUCAGCUCAACCAAAACUCUACAUUAACCGAGUUUGCCCGUCAAACAACCAAACAAAAGUUGCGACUGAGGAGACUCUUCCCUAAAAACCUUUCCAUUCGUUUCCCGCUCUUUUUUUAACGAAGAAACAAAAAAAUUUAAAAAAAGAAGAUCAACAAAAAAACGAUUAGUUUUGACCGCCGCGACGAGGGCGCUUCCUCGUCCCUUGGUUUUACCCCUUGAGUGGUCGUGCAGCGCGGUUGCUCGCAACUGCACUGGAAAAAUUCCUUUUUAACCUUUCUUUAAAAAUCCUUUUUUUGUUUUCCUUUUUUUGUUUCCUAAGUUUCUUUUUACAAUCCUUUUUGAUUUUCCUUUUUUUAUUCCCUAAGUUUCUAAUUCCUGUUACAAAAGCAAUAAAAUCGAAAAAUUCAAGAUCGCCGAAAAAAAUUUUUUUCUCAACAGAAAAGGUGAAUAAAAGUAGGCGAAAUUACAUUUUUAUGGGUUUCAAAGAGCACUGUAGGCUGUAUUUGUGCAGUCACUGAGACGAAAAUGAUGGUAAAGUGGGAUUACAGCUCGUAAAACCUUCUCUUCUGGCUCCUAAAACCGUGCCGACCUUGCAAAUGAGGGUGCGCGCAGAUUGCAUGAGAAUUCGCAAAACCAAAAUUUCAGUGCAAAAAUGUUUGCUUUUCAAUUACUUUUAAAUAUAGUUUCUCCUCUUAUUCUUAAUAUUUUUCGUUUUUCUUUUCUGUUUUUGCAUACUACAUGUUAAAAUCAUUAUUUUUAUAACAAAAACGAGAAGCUAGCUUGAGUUCGAAAAAUAGGUCUGUGGUCCCUACCUAUAGGGGUUGAUAAAGUGUUCCCCAGAGGGGACCCUUCAAGAGCCCCUAAGGUUGUCCCUAUACUGACCACCUAGAGUUCCUAUGAUAGUAGACUCUUCCCACAAAAAAGGGUUCAAUAAUAUCAUCAUUAAAAAAAAUAAAUCCGGUAUAUUUUUCCUCGAAGAAUCAUAGAGAUUCAAAAAAUCCUUUUCAAUGGUCUUGAUAUUUCGAACCUAAAUUUGACAUAAAAGAUUUUCUUGACAGAUUCUUCUCAGUUCUCAGUUUUGAUUCUGAUCGUUUCAAAGCUUUUUAAAACUUGUCAACUCUUUUUUGGGAAAAGAUGCCUCAAAGUCGAAGAAAACUCUCAAAACCCAUAAAAAUAGGCUAGUUUGAAACUUCAGGCCCUUUUUUCUCGAAAACUAGGAAUUUGUGCAGGUUGAGACUUUCAGGAUCCCCUCUGAUACACCAAUAAGUGUUCUGGCCAAUUUUCAGGGAAUUCCCAAAAUACAAUGACCUCACCUGUCUUCUUAUUAUUAAUUAGUAAUUACGUGAGCCUUUCCUAGGCAUUCUGCUUGUGAAAAGCUAGCGCUGAAUAGAGCACACCGGUUCUGGAAAACUUGAAUUGGUUUCCUCUCUAUGAAAAAGCUGUAGCGCACGAGACUUGACAUGGAUUUCGAAAUGAGAAGAAAAUCGCUCGAAUAGAUCGAUAAUCGAUCAGGAGAGGAUUUUUGCUGACCUCGCAAGAAGACGCAAAGGUUGCGGAAAACUUCUUGACCUAACAAGAUCAUUGAUCUUUUACGGAACGCUUUUUGGAGGUCAAAAAAGAAAAUAUCCACAAAACAUGUCUUCAUUUUGAUAUUCUCAUUGCACUUAGGAACUCCAGAGUGCUCCCUAGAGGGGUUUUUUGGUCCCUAUAGGGGGCACUCCAAGAGCCCCUAAGGUUGCUCCUACACUUAGGAAUUCCAGAGUGAUCCCUAUAUGGGUUAGGGGAAUAGUGAUCCCUGUAGGGGUUAAGGGUCUGACCCCGUAACCCCUAAAGCUGAAGUGGUCCCUAUAGGGGUUUCUUUUUUUUUCGCAUGGAAAUUCUUCGUAUAGAGUUCAUAAAAAUAAUCGACUAGCAUGUCCCCUCUUGGGCGUACUCACUAAAACCCCUAUAGGGACCACUUCUGCAAGCAUUAGUGGACCCUAUAGGGGUUUGGAAAACCCUUCGAGGGCCCUUUUAGAGACCACAAUGAACAUUCUUUUCGUCUGUCCCCUAUAGGGACCAUUUUUGCAAGCUUGAGUGGUCCCUAUAUGGUUGAUAAAGUGUUCCUUAAAGAAACCCUUCAAGGGCCCCUAUGGUUGCCCCUAUAAGGAGUUCCUAAGUACUGCAUAAAUUAUUCUGUCACCCUACUUUAUCCCGGCAAAAGAUAAUGAUCUUUUUUGAUCGACUUCUCAUGCCUGUUUUCAGAAUCGCAGAAUAUACAAAUCUGCGGAACUGAUACGACCGCCGCAGGGUGAUUAUUUCUGAAAUGACGCACAAAAGCCGUCUUUUUUUUGGAGAGAAAGUGGCUGGAAACGGCAAUGGAAUCGUGUUUGAACUGCCGACAGGUGCACACACCUGAAUCUCGCCAUCGCCGUCGGCUCUUUUCGGCUUCAUCGUCAGCCCCAGAUGCGGCCAUUCAUAUUCCUGUUUAGCGUCAUUUUCGCUGUAUCUCUCGGUGUGAGUCGAAAGAGAAAAUUGAUAGGGGGAGGAACAUCUCUAAUAUCUUUUUUUGCUUCUUUAUUUUUCAGUUUUUCGAAAUCUUCUGCAGGAGAUUGAUCAUAGAACGCCUAUCCUGGAUGGCUAUGAAUACAAAAUUAUUCGAGUUUUUCUUACCCCUAUCUAUCCAGAAACAUACUCGUGAUUUUUCACAACCUUACAGGAUACCAUAGAAGGAAGUGGAGGGACAAAAGCGGGCACAAAUUCAAGCACUGAAGUUUUUUCUAACAGUACACUUAUCGACGACGCAGCGAAUAUUACAAAAAGUUAUCUUUAAUAAAAUGCGAACUUUUAAUAUUUUCCUUCCAGAUAGUUCUAAAGACUCUUCCUCUUCAGAAGAAGAACAUUUGACGACAAAAAAUAACGAAACAAGCCAAGAGGAUUACUAUUCGGAGUUGGAUGUUGGAUAACGGGAAUUUAAACGAGAACACUUUCGUUUUGCAGGAUUACCCCUUGGAAUCGAGCGAUUCGACGGCCGCAGCCAACGGAACGACGACCACAGCGAGACCUUCGAUUCCGAGGGCUCCAGCCUUCACGGCAGGCUCCUUCUUCAGUGAGAUCAAGUCGGAGAGUCUCACUCAAAUCUCACGACUUUCAGUCGGACUCCUGGUCGGACUUCUUCUCAUCGGACUGAUCUACGGCGCCUUCCGCUUUUGGCAAUCUCGGAGGGUAUCCAACAAUGCCUACGCCGCGUAUUGA